AUGUUUCGCGCUCAGAAGCCAAGGACCUGCCAUUUCUGCGGCCAGCCACAGGAUACCACCCAAAGGAACACAAAGGACUUUAGAUGCAGGAACUGCACAUGCUGGAACAGAUUCGACGCUCACGGGGAAAUCCUCUCAUCGGAGCCCGCCAUGCACGAGGAGUCGAUGAACGCAAGAUCGUUCUCUAAACGAGCAUCUCCCAGCAAGGACCGCUUACCUACACAAUAUAGUGCUGGACAGUUCUGCCAUACGUGUCAGACGAACCAGACGCUACUGAACCGGAUGCUAUCCAAUUACCUCCCCAGCGAAGAUAGUCCUGACUACAAGGAGAAGCUCGCCGCGCUACCCGAUUACAAGGCUUACGCCGAACGCAAGUUCCCCCCGCUAUGCGCGUCUUGUGCCCCUGCCGUCGAAGAGUUGAUCAGACAGAAGGAACAAAUGGCGCGAAGUCAUGCAUUAUCUGUCUGGGCCAAGGAGAGCAAGGGGAAACAACGCGUGCUGCAGAAGACGUCGCGUCCGACAUCAGCGCAGAAGGGCCUAAACAAGCAGCUCGCCCUCUGGCGAUUACGAGGCAUGUUAUAUGGCGCGACUACGCUUGCUUUCAUCGUUGCAAAUACUUCGGCUGCGAUGGGGUACGCGCCAUACCAUAAGCUUCCUAUCCUGUGGCCUGCUCUACCUAUCCUUGUUCUGCUUUCCAUAUGGUAUACCGCUUGGGACCCCACAUAUGCGACCUUACGGCGAGCGCAAGUGCAGGGUCAGGAAGUCCGACUCCGAGGCAGGGGAACGCACAUAGCCCUACAACUCUUCGCCUGGCUCUCAAGACUAAUCUCUUCCUGCUUACUUGCUGUGGCAUACUUCAAGCCGCAGCGUGAUUACCUGCAUCUGCUCGACCAUCCACAAUGGUCGCAUUCUCUCAUCUACUUUCGGGUCCUUGCUGCCAUCGAAGUCAUCGUCUUAGUGGCGUCUUGCUUCGUGCCACGACUUACUCGCCCGCCCACAAUACGCCUGAUCGACACCAAAGCGCCCCUCUCACGCGCAUCGUCCAUGGCUCCGCCGUCCACACAUCCCGCCCAACCUGCGGAAACAUUCUCCGAGCCCGACCUCAUCGCCUCCCUCUCCCUCGGCGGACCCUCCAUGCCUCCCCCCAUGUCCGCACCACGACCCAACGCCUCCCAUAUCUUCGGCCAGCCCUCCCUCGGUCCCCAACGCACUCCCAUCAUGGACGAAGACGAGAUGGCGAUGGACUGGACGCCCACCGACCCCGCCGCCGCCCGCCGCCAACGCCGCGACGAGGACGACGGGUCGUACAUCCGCCCCCAGCGCUUCUUCGCUCCCGAACAACCUACCGGGUUGGAAGGUUUGCUGGAGAAGACGCGCAUUGACGACGUGCCGAUGGAGAUCGACUCUAGCGACCAUGUGGCGAAUGUGAGGCAGGGGAUACGGCGGCUGGCGCACGGAGUGGCGGCGAAUUGGCAGGUGUGUUUGUUGGUGUUGGGCGUGCCGAUAUUGUUGGCGAUGGGAUGGAGGAUGUGGGUGAUGCGGGAGGCGGCGAAGGUGGAGAGGGUGGUGUAUGUUGAGGUACCGGCUCCUGCCUCUACCUCAAGUGUCGUGGUACGACACGUUCGGCCCUCAGAAUCGACUUUUGUCGAGUACGUGGAAGAUGUGGUGUACGACGAGGAUGGGUUAGAAAGCUCAUCUUGA